AUGGAGUUGUCAAGGUUUCUCUGCCCGCAGGAACCGAAUGUUGCAAACUUCUUACAGGUAUUGUGGACGCAAAUGCAGCCGUUUGUCUUUGUACCGCGGUUAAAGCUAAUAUCGGAGGCCUUCUUCCUCUUUGAACAUUCCCCUAGCUGUCCGCCUUACACUCAAUGCUUGUGGAGUUCCAUCGGGUAA